AUGCAAAAGAAGAGCAAAUUUUUGAGCUUGAUACCUCUGAAUAAUGCUUCAUACUCUAGGAAACUCAUAUCCAAGAGCUCGAAUGACAACUAUUCUUCCUUCAAAGUUCCUUCUUCUCAAAAGAAUUCCCUUAGAUCACUUUAUAUGCCUCCAAUGCUCACACAAGCCAAGAGACUAGAUUUAGGGUUUUGUGGGAAGAGGGCCACGAUUGAGAACAACCACAAGGUCGAUCAAUGGUCCAGUGAGCGAAGUCACGAGGAGGGCAAGAAAAACAGGAGGUCGUCGCCUCUUGUUGUUCAUCGGGAAAAGGAAUCACCAUCGGUGCGUUACUUGUCCGUAGAGGAAGAUGAAGCGAGGGCAGCAAGGGCUGCUCGAGCAGCUCUUGUGCUCUUCUGUCUCGGAAGGAGGGUCCGAAGGCAGAAAAAUGCGAGGCUUCGAGGAAAGAAGAACGGCGGCAGUGGGGCUGCCGUCGGUCUUGGUUUUUGGCGCAGGUGGUGUGUUUUGGCAGUGGAGCUCGACGGGAAGAAGGGCAGAAAAAUGAAAGAGGGAGGCUGCCACGAACAAGAAAAAGGAAAAACGAAGAAAGGAAGAGUGAAUGGGAAACUGUGGUUCUUCUUGUUUGCAGGUGGACACGAGAUCAAAAACAAAAUCGUUCUUGGCUGGGAACGAAGAUGCAAGCAGGAAAAGAAGCUGGAGGUGUUUUUAGGAAAAGAAACUGAAGGUGUUUUUGGGUGA